GACCCAGUUAAUUACAACUUGCCGGUUGCUGUUGUCCAUGCGGUAUUUAAGAUUCUUGGGCACUGUCGCUUUCGGACGAUCGUUUCAACCCGUUAAGUCAGAACUGAAUAAUAGGACCUCUCCCUAUCCAACUGUAUUGGGGUCUCCAGCUUACAUCAUAUCAAGCUACAAGAGGAACAUGUCUGGUGACUCACCUGUAACCAAAAAGCCUUGUGGAGAGAAACUGAUAGGCACACAUAAUGGAACCUUCCACUGUGAUGAAGUUUUGGCCUGCUUUCUGGUCAAGCAACUGCCAGAGUACCAAGAUGCUAAGAUUGUCCGAACAAGGGACCCUGCAAUAUUAAGUACAUGUGAUGUUGUGGUUGAUGUAGGAGGGGUGUUUGAUGCAGCAUCUCAUAGAUAUGACCAUCACCAAAGAACAUUCAAAGAGACCAUGAGCUCACUGUGUCCAGAUAAACAAUGGCAGACCAAACUUAGUAGUGCGGGAUUGGUUUACUUCCAUUUUGGAAAGUCUAUUAUUGCACAGCUGCUUAAGAAAAGCCAAGAAGACCCAAUCACAAGCAGCAUUUUUGACAAAGUUUAUGAAAAUUUUGUGGAAGAAAUUGAUGCUAUAGACAAUGGAAUCUCACAGACUGAUGGCGUGCCAAGGUAUCACAUAAGCACUACACUCAGCAGUAGAGUGAGCUAUUUAAACCCAGCAUGGAAUCAGGGCAAUGUGGAUACCGAUACUAGGUUUCAUAAAGCUAUGGAAAUGGUUGGAGCAGAGUUCUUGGACAGGGUCUCCUAUUACACUGAUUCAUGGCUGCCAGCAAGAACCCUUGUGGAAAAAGCACUGGCAGGUCGCUUCAAGGUUGAUGACAGUGGGGAGAUAUUGGUGCUGGAAGAGGGUGGCUGCCCAUGGAAGGACCACUUAUUUACACUGGAACAAGAGCAGAAUAUACAGCCUCUGAUUAAAUUUGUGCUCUACCAGGACCAGAACAACCACUGGAGGGUGCAAUGUGUGUCUGUCAGGCUGGGAUCAUUUGAAAAUAGAUUGUCCUUAUUGGAGGCUUGGAGAGGUGUGCGAGAUGAUGAACUGUCAAAACUGAGUGGCAUUCCAGACUGCAUAUUUGUCCAUGCAGGUGGCUUUAUAGGAGGAAAUAAAACAUACGAGGGCGCAUUGAAGAUGGCACAGAGGACUCUCAAAGAAGCAACUGCUUAAUCCUCAAACAUUUUUGACAAUUUAGAAAUAUGAGGCCAUGCCAUGCUAUAAACCUGGGAACACACAGCAGUAGGAGUUUGAUAUUGAUCUCAACACCUCACCAGAAGACUGAACUGAAUCUGACAUCCGUGUUGGUAGGAAUUAGCCAAAACUUUGUAGAUUUUUACCAAACACAAAGGUGGAUACCUCCAAUCUUUCUGUGGUUAGUAGCUACUUUUCAGCCAACUACAUACUAUGAAUAUAGUUAUUUUUCAAUUUAUCUUUCUGUUUUCAGACCUAAAAGCUGUCCAAGCUCAGGGAAAUGCAGAAUUUGGAAUGCCAAUUACGUUACCUCAUCAUAUUGUUUAAUUCCUAUAAAGUAUAAAGUAAAAAAUGUAAAGCAAAGACUUCUUUAUUGCAAUUAACUGGCUCAUAACUUGUAACAACAACUUAACAAUGUUAUACGUACAGGAUAUAUAUAUGGAAUUCCAUUUUGAAUAUAUUAA